AUGGCCGCAGGUCCUCUUUCUGUCUCGUCCAAUGCAUCCACUAAUAACGAUGGCAUUCUCAUCGGGGAUAAAGUGUACUCGGAGGUGUAUCUGACCAUCGACAACUCUCUGAUCCCGGAGGAAAGACUUUCCCCCACGCCGUCUAUGCUCGAUGGCCUCGACCUGAGCACGGAGACCGACCUUCGCAUUUUAGGAUGCGAACUCAUCCAGUCUGCGGGUAUUCUGCUCCGAUUGCCGCAGGUCGCCAUGGCAACAGGCCAGGUCCUCUUCCAUCGCUUCUUCUACUCCAAAUCCUUUGUGAAGCACAGUUUCGAGAUCGUGGCCAUGGCGUGUAUUAACCUUGCAUCGAAGAUUGAAGAAGCCCCCAGGCGAAUACGGGAUGUGAUCAAUGUUUUUCACCAUUUGAAGCAGAUUAGAGCCAAAAACGACCAGCUACAUUUACCAAAGCCUGGGCUGUCUCCUCCCCCAGGCCCGGCCCACCCCUCCUGUGGGAGACGCCCGUGGUCCGAGGCACCGCGGGCUUCUGGGAUCGGGGAUGACAGGACUCCAAUAUCACUGAUACUUGAUCAGAACUACAUAAAUACCAAAAACCUAGUGAUCAAAGCUGAGCGGCGGAUCCUGAAGGAGCUGGGAUUCUGUGUUCAUGUUAAGCAUCCACACAAGAUUAUCGUCAUGUACCUUCAAUUCCUGGAAUGUGAAAAGAACCAAACGCUGGUGCAGACCGCCUGGAACUACAUGAACGACAGCCUGAGGACCAAUGUGUUUGUGAGGUUCCAAGCGGAGACCAUCGCCUGUGCCUGUAUUUACCUCGCAGCCCGUGCUCUGCAGAUCCCUCUGCCCUCCAGGCCUCACUGGUACCUGCUGUUUGGAGCCACCGAAGAGGAAAUCAAAGAGAUCUGCCUCACCACGUUAAAACUGUACACCAGGAAAAAGCCCAACUGUGAGCAGCUGGAGAAGGAGGUGGAGAAGAGAAAGCUGUUCUUGAACGAGGCCAAAUUCAAGGCCAAAGGUCUGAACCCUGAUGGGACCCCAGCCCUGACGUCAGUGGGGGGCUUCUCUCCGGCCUCCAAACCCUCGUCCCCAAAUGUCAAUGUUAAAAUGGAGGACAAGUCGCCCAACUCCCAGACCCAGAAAGGUUCCAAGAAGGAGUCGGACGGUCGGAACCAGGCCUCCAAAAGUCCACACAACGGUCUGAGGAGAGAAGUGAAGAACAGUAGGAGUGGAAGCCGAUCCCGAUCAAGAACCAGGUCCCGGUCGAGAUCCCGGUCUCCACGGCGACACUACAGACGCAGUCGCUCGGGGACUUUCAGCUCCCGGUCUCGUUCCCGUUCUCACAGCAGAAGUCUGUCACCACGACGGCACCCCCCCUCCCCCCUGCUGCCGCACCUCAAGUCCAAGUCCACGCACCACAACAGCGACUCGAAGAGCAGCGGGCGCCAUAGCAACAGCAGCUCCGGCCACAAGAGGAAACGCUCGCGCUCUCGCACCCCCAUCAAGCUAGACCGCGAGCGCGACAGGGAGCGUGAGCGUGACAGAGACAGAGAGCGCUUUGACCUGAAGAAACACAAGCACGAGCGCAGCGGCAGCCACCGGGAACGCCGCGACAGAGAGCGCUCUCGCUCCUUCGAACGCAGCCACAAGAGCAAACACCACAGCAGCAGCCACUCAGGACACAGCCGCCACCGCCGCUGA